CCUAUUUGAUCAUACCCUAUCGAGUUGAACAAUGACCAACUCGGGGCAAAAAGAGGUAGGAGUGUAGAAGAGGUUAGAAUUGGAUAAAUACAAAGAUCUCUGAUGGCCCUAGGGUUGGAGGAGUUUACAGAUACCAGGAAGGGUCAGGUCAUGGAGGGAUCUGAAAAGAAAGUCAUCAUGGAGGGUUCACAGACUCAGACCGUCAAACUGGCCAGAGUUACUAAAGUUCUUGGAAGGACAGGAUCCCAGGGGCAGUAUACUCAGGUCUGUGUGGAAUUUAUGUACGACAGCAACCGAUCCAUCCUUCGAAAUGUGAAAGGACCAAUCCGUGAGGGAGAUGUGCUCACACUUUUGGAAUCUAAGCGUGAAGCAAGAAGAUUACGACAACAGAUUGACAAAACUGAUGCCAGCGGAGACCACUUUUGAAAUAAUUGGUU